AUGACCUCGCCACUGAGCCGCUGCUUCACUUUCGACUCCACCGCCAACGGAUACAGUGAGGGCACCUCAGGCAUGAUCCUGAAGUAUGGAAACCACGAGCAGGCAUCUACGAUCUUCCGGGCCUCACAAGUUGGCCAAGACGGGCGCAGCGCGAGCCUGACGGCUCCCAACGGGCCCGGGCAGGAGGAGAUCAUCUCGCGCGCCAUCCGGGAAGCGAAGACGAACAUCGGCCACUUGGAGGGUGGUGCAGCGAUGGCUGCAAUGGUGAAGUCUGUGCUAACGGUGCAACAGGGACAGUGCUUAGCAUCUUUCCAUGUCCGACAGCUGAAUCCACAUCUGGAGCAUACCAUCUUUGAUGCCUUCUUCGAGACCGAGCACUCUUCUCCUGCUGCCGAGAGCGGUGUCGACUCGGGGAGUAGCCUUGGUCUUCCCGAUUGGGUCUUCGACAGCUGCCCUCAGCGACGGGACGACUUCAGUCCAUCUCCAAGGUCCAUUCGUGACUCCUCCGUGGCCAGCUCGGCAAGUUCACCAGCACUAAGCUGCUUCGAAACGCCUGCUCCGCCUUCGAUGAGGCCCAGGUCGCCGCAACCCAAGGCUCAGGAAGAGGAGGAGGCUCUGCACAUGCCUGCAGCCGGCGGACAACCAGCCCGGGCCCGGGUAAGCUGGGCAGACUUGGAGGAGGACGAUGUAGAGGUGUCGUGGCAGUGGAGAUAA